GCUGUGUCACAGUAUUAAAGCUAGACCCAGUUUGAGCAAGGCAGAGCGAAGGCUGAACAGUCUGCAACAUCUGAAUUGAAUAUAAUAAGAUCUUGUGAUCAAUAUAGAAGAUUAGACCCACUAGUGAUAGUGAGGAGGACAAGGAAUCUGACAGAUGGAACUCCGUGAUUAUCAGUGGGAGGUUAUUAAACCUGCCUUGGAGGGAAAAAAUAUUAUAAUCUGGCUCCCAACAGGCAGUGGCAAGACCAGAGCAGCAUUGUAUGUGGCAAUGAGGCAUCUUGAGACCAAGAUGAAUGCCAAAGUUGCUAUGAUCGUGAAUAAGGUGCAUCUAGUACAUCAGCAUUAUGAAAAGGAAUUCAAGCCAUUUCUCCAGGACAGAUUUAAAGUUAUAGAGAUUAGUGGGGACAAUGAGGAGAAGUGCUUCUUUGCUAACUUUGUGAAGAAGAAUGAUGUUAUCAUCUGCACUGCUCAGAUCCUGCAAAACGCACUGAUCCAUGAGAGUGAGGAAAAAUAUGUCAAACUGACUGAUUUCACAUUGCUUAUCAUCGAUGAAUGUCACCACACACAUAAAGAUGGAGUUUAUAACAGACUGAUGGAGAGUUACAUUGAGAAAAACAUCUCUAAAGAAAGAAAUCUGCCUCAGAUCUUAGGACUCACAGCAUCUCCUGGCACUGGUCGAGCAAACAGCUUUGAAAAAGCUGUAGACCAUAUUCUACAGAUUUGUGCCAAUCUUGACACUUGGAAGAUAAUGUCACCAAAAAAUCAAACUAGUGAUCCAGUGGCUAUAAGCAAACAGCCAAAAAAGCAGUAUGAUCUAGUAUCAGAAAGAACUCAGGACCCAUUUGGAAAUAAGUUGAAAGAACUCAUGCGAAGAAUCCAUGAUUAUUUAGACAAAACUAAUUGUGUUUACCCAGAAUUUGGAACGCAGACUUAUGAACAGAAAAUUGUUGAGCUGGAAAAGGAAGGCACAGAGGAGUUCAACAAAAAGAAACGAACAUGCGCUUUGCACCUGCGCAAGUACAAUGACUCCCUCUUCACUCACGACACAGUGAGAAUGAUAGAUGCAUUCCAGCUUCUUGACAGCUUCUAUAAACAAGAGAAAGCCAUCAGGACCUUGCCUGAUCCCACAGAACACUUACUAUUUCAAUUAUUUGAUGAUAACUGUGCUAAGCUUUUGGAAUUGGCAGAAGAUGUAAGAUUUGAAAAUCCCAAAUUGAGCAGAUUGGAGGAGAUUCUUAAAGACCAUUUCCAGUUUUCCUCAGAGUCACGAGGCAUAAUUUUUACUCGGACGCGGCAGAGUACUCAUAAUCUGCAUGACUGGAUUGUAGCCAAUAAGGCUUUACAAAAUUUUGGAAUAAACGCAGCAUCCUUGACAGGAGCAGGUCACAGCAAUCAGACCAAGCACAUGACUCAGAAUAAGCAACAAGAGGUAAUUCAAAGCUUCCGUAAGGGGCAUCUGAACCUCAUUAUCUCCACCAGUGUUGCUGAGGAAGGACUUGAUAUUCCCCAGUGCAAUAUUGUUGUGCGCUAUGGCUUGAUGACCAAUGAAACUGCUAUGAUUCAGGCCAGGGGCAGAGCACGUGCUGAAGAAAGCUGUUAUUCAUUUUUGGCCAAGAAAGGGAGCAAAGAGAUGCGCAGGGAAAUUACCAAUGAGUCUCUAGAAGAUCUAAUGAAACGGGCUAUAAAGCAUGUGCAAAACAUGACAGAAAGAGAAUAUGAGCAGAAGGUUAAAGAACUGCAGAAGCAAUCUCUUAUUGAACGCAAAGUAAAGAACCAGAAAAAGACUGAGUUGAAGAACUUGUUCAAUCCGGAUGAUGUAUUGCUGCACUGCAAGGGUUGUGAUGCAGCUGUGGCCUGGGGAAGUGACUUUCGCACAGUCGAGAGGACACAUCAUGUCAAUGUUAAUCCAAACUUCAAAUACUAUUACCAAGUCUCUUCAGAUAGAGUUGUUAUUGAGAGACAGAUGCAGGAUUGGUCUCCAGGACGCUACAUCAGAUGCAACUGUGGACAGGAGUGGGGUUAUGAAAUGAUCUACAAAAAUGUGACAAUUCCAAUCAUCUCCAUCAAGUACUUUGCAUUGCAAACCCCUGAGUCCCGAAUAGCUGGCAAAAAAUGGAAGGAUGUCCCAUUCUCUGUGAAGGAGUUCAGCUAUAGUCAGUACUGCUUGGAGAACCUAGACCUAAUGGAAGAUGAUGAUGAUUGAAAUGUUCUAAAUGUGGGUGUGGGUUAAGCUAUUACUUGCCAUAAAUAAAAUUAUAUUCCUUUUAAACAAUCUUAAGAUUUUCCCAGGCACUUUAUAUCCCUUUAGACUUUGAGUAGUGGAAUUGGCUGCAAACCAGAAAUGUAAUCUUGGACAAUAAUUGUAAUAGUUUAGAAAUAAUGUUAAACCUGGAAAUGUAGGAGACAUUUCAUUAGCUACAGCCUCAAAACACUUGUAAAAAAAAAUUCUGUCGUUUUAAAGAAAAUAUAGAUAGAUAUAGGUAAAUGGCUGUUUGAACAGGCUCAGCUCCAUUUUUCACCACUACUGUGUGUUAUUCUUAGUUAAUUUGCACUAAAUAAGUCUCCAGCUUCCUGGUAAAAAAAUACUUUUUUUAAGUGGAUCUUGACUCUUCUUUCCCAACCUUGUUAACUUAAGUGAGCAA